AUGUGGCACAGCGAGCACCCUCAUCACAAAAACAAACACCUCGUGAUGUCAGGCCUUCAUUCGUUGCAUCCGCACCCACUCAACACAUUGCAGAUGCCACAUUGAGCCCGAGAGUAACCCUUGCUGAGGAGCAGCGAGCCUACAAUGGAGGAGAACAUCGCCUCCUACCUGAAGUUUCUGGAGGGGAACUACAGGAAGAUGUUGAUUGAAAACUCUGAGCUUUCCAACACCAUGAGGGCCAACGAGAAGACACAGGCCGAGUUGCGCAAGAGCAACGUGGAGCUGGACAAGUUCAAAGUGGAGCUGCGCACCGUCAACGUGGAGCUGGACCAUGUCCAGGUGGAGCUGUGCAAGACCAACCGAGAGCUGGACCACCUCAAAAUGGCCACGCAGAUGUCCCACAAGGAGGCGCGCUGGAGGCGGGAGAAGGAGGAGCUGCUCCGAGGCAAGGAAUCGCUGCACGACAACACUCACAACAGGGAGAGACCUCAUCUGGACUGCUUUGUCGUAACUACCAAGGUCCAGGGCUUGACGGAAAAUAACAACAUGGAGGAGAACGAGCAAGACAUGGACUGUCAGGAAAAGUCAGGGACUGACCAAAAGACGAAUGAGGUGAAGGAGGAGAAACAGAGUGAAGGAGAGACACACAGCGAUCAUAGGACAGAGGAGAAGGUCAAUCACGACCACAAAGACCAGGCGAAAGGCCAGAGGGAGGAGGAAGAGAAAAAGAGGGCGAAGGAUGAGAACAAGCGGGAUAGUGAUCAGGAGGUGGCGGAGAAGAUGGCGAAGAAGCAAAAUAAUGACAGGGAGGGAAAGGAGGAGGAGCAAGGAAUUGAUCAGGAGAAGAUGGCGGAGGAGAAGGAGCCAGCGACGGACAAGAAAAUGGGGAGGGAGAAGGAGCAGGAAAGUGACAAGGCGGAGAAGAUGGAGAUGGAGCAAGGGAGAGCAAAUGGCAAAAAGGAGGAGGAGGGGAAGGUGGAGAGGGAGGAGGAAGAAGAGCGUCCACGGGAGAAGGUGGAGAUGGAGAAGGAGCAACAGAGUGAUCAUAAGAUGGAGAGGAAGAAGGAGCAAGAGAGUGAUGAGAAGAUGGAGAGGUGGAAGGAACACGAGAGUGACGAGAAGAUAGAGAGGUGGAAGGAGCAAGAGUGUGACAAGAUGGAGAGGAAGAAGGAACACGUGAGUGACGAAAAAAUGGAGAGGUGGAGUGAGCAAGAGAGUGACGAGAAGAUGGAGAGGUGGAAGGAGCAAGAGAGUGACGAGAAAAUGGAGAGGAAAAAGGAACACAAGAGUGACGAGAAAAUGGAGAGGAAGAAGGCGCAAAAGAGUGAUGAGAAAAUGGAUAGGUGGAAGGAUCAAGAGAGUGACGAGAAGAUGGAGAGGAAGAAGGAACACGAGAGUGACGAGAAAAUGGAGAGGUGGACGGCGCAAGAGAGUGACGAGAAGAUGGAGAGGUGGAAGGAGCAAGAGAGUGACGAGAAAAUGGAGAGGAAAAAGGAACACGAGAGUGACGAGAAAAUGGAGAGGAAGAAGGCGCAAAAGAGUGACGAGAAAAUGGAGAAGAAGAAGGAACACGAGAAUGACGAGAAAAUGGAGAGGAAGAAGGCGCAAAAGAGUGACGAGAAAAUGGAGAGGAGGAAGGAACACGAGAGUGACGAGAAAAUGGAGAGGAAGAAGGCGCAAAAGAGUGACGAGAAAAUGGAGAGGAAGAAAGAACACGAGAGUGACGAGAAAAUGGAGAGGAAGAAGGAACACGAGCGUGACGAAAAGAGGGAGAGAAAGAAGGAACAUGAGAGUGACGAGAAAAUGGAGAGGAAGAAGGCGCAAAAGAGCGACGAGAAAAUGGAGAGAAAGAAAGAACACAAAAAUGACGAGAAAAUAGAGAGGAAGAAGAAACACGAGAGUGAAGAGAAGAUGGAGAGGAAGAAAGAGCAAGAGAAUGACGAGAAGAUGGAGAGGGAGGAGGAGCAAGAGAGUGAUGAGAAAAUGGAGAGGAAGAAGGAACACAAGAGUGACGAGAAGAUGGACAGGAAGAAGGAGCAAGAGAGUGACGAGAAGAUGGAGAGGUGGACGGAGCAAGAGAGUGACGAGAAAAUGGAGCGGAAGAAGGAACACAAGAGUGACGAGAAGAUGGAGAGGAAGAAGGAACAAGAGAGUGACGAGAAGAUGGAGAGGUGGACGGAGCAAGAGAGUGACGAGAAAAUGGAGAGGAAGAAGGAACACGAGAGUGACGAGGACAUGGAGAGGAAGAAGGAACACAAGAGUGACGAGAAGAUGGAGAAGUGGACAGAGCAAGAGAGUGACGAGAAGAUGAAGAGAAAGAAAGAACACAAAAGUGACGAGAAAAUGGAGAGGAAGAAGGAACACGAGAGUGACGAGAAGAUGGAGAGGAAGAAGGAGCAAGAGAGUGACGAGAAGAUGGAGAAGGAGAAGGAGCAAGAGAGUGACGAGAAGAUGGAGAGGGAGAAGGAGCAAAAGAGUGACGAGAAAAUGGAGAGGAAGAAGGAGCAAGAGAGUGACGAGAAGAUGGAGAAGGAGCAAGAGAGUGACGAGAAAAUGGAGAGGGAGAAGGAGCAAGAGAAUGGACAAAAAGAGAAAGAGGGGAAGGAGGACAUCAGCCAGAAGAAGGAGAAAGAGGAGGAUCUACUCAGGGAGGAGAAAGGGAGCAAAGAGGAAGCACAAAGCGAUCAGAAGGAAGACAAAGAGGAGAAGAACAACAAGGAGAAGGAAAAUGUCCAAAAGGAGAAGAAAGACACAAUGUUAAGGAAGGAGGACAGACAGCAGGAGGAGAAAAAAGGCCUAAAGAACGAGGAGAGCCAGACGGCUUCAACUAGUUAUGAGAGGAAAGAGGAGGAGUACAGACUGGAGGAGAAGUGGAAGGAGAGAAGAAUGGCACUGAUGGGGGAGUGGAGGGAGAGGGAGAAGAAGGAGCAGGAGAAGAAGAAGGAGAAAGACAAGAAGUUAAGGGAGGAAUGGGAAGAGCGGGAGAAGAGAGAGGAGGAGAGGAGGCGAGAGAGGGAGAGGAGAAUUAGGGCAGAGUGGAGGGCGAGGGAGAGGAGGGAGAUGGAGAGGAAGAGAGAGAGGGACAGACUCAAAGCCGAGUUGAAGGAGAGAGAUAAGAAGGAGGAGGAGCAGAGGAAGAGAGACAAGGAGGAGACCAAGGACAGGGAGAAGAGAGACGGGAUGGAGAGCAGCGGGGAGGAGGAGUACAGGGAGAAGAGGGAGCAGGAGAAACUGAAGGCGGAGUGGAGAGAGCGGGAGAAGAAGGAGGAGGAGAAGAGGAAGGACAGGGACAGGAAACGCAAGGCAGAGUGGGAGGAGGUGCAGAGGAGAGACAAGGAGAAGAGGAAGGAGAGGGAGAAGAAGAGGGGAGACAAAAAAGAGAGCUCCUUCUCCCAAAAGCUGAUGAGUCUCAUGUGCUGCAGGGGACGCAAUUGAGGAGAGGAUUCUUUUUGUCUUCAACCAAGUUUGCAGCAGCAUCUUGGAUCUGACAGGAAAAAGGCAGUCUUUCCCUCAUCAAAGGGGGCGGAGCUUCGUUCCCCGGGUCACUGUCCGCUGGAGAUGGCAUGUCCACGGGUCAGCUUCCAACAUGGACCACUUAUUAAAUCUCCGCUUGACGACCAAUGGCGACGGCGGGAAAUGUUUCUUCACAAAAGGCUGAAAGGCUCGCCAACACGCGGACCCCCCAUUGACCACUCCACUUUCAGACAUUAAAGACAUUUUAAUGAGACAAUGUUUGUGUCCUUGACUCGUAUUAAAGUCAGCAUGAGAAACUCGCACAUCAUACACCCAACAGCCACUUGAUUAGGCACACCUGAGUCGGAUGGAGACCAGAACUAACAGUACUCGUCGGUCCCGAUUUUCUCUACUUUUCGUGUGUGUGUACGUGUGUUAAUAAAUGUUGAUUUGUUCAACAAUAAAAUCAGUUUACCCGAGGUGUGUUGCCGUUAGGUAUGUCCUCAUCCAAUACUGAUUGUAGAUAUCUGUCCGACACCCGCAAAAAGACAAGUAUCGAAUCAUUUUAAUUUGCAUGUAAAAUGUCGGAUAUAAGCUCCGAUACAAGCAGUCUGAAAUUUGAAAAGCUGGACAGUCUGGUUCACAACUAAUUGUCCUCCAAUAAGUACACAAGGUUGGUCAUUUCUUGUACAGACCUGAAAACCAGUGAAGUUGGCACUAGGGAUGGAGACCAGAACUAACAGUUCAUGUCGGUCCCGAUUUUCUCUACUUUUCGUUUGUGUGUACGUGUGUUAAUAAAUGUUGUUGUUCAACAAUAAAAUCAGUUUGUCCGAGGUG